AACAGUUAAAACACUUGAACAUAAGUUGAACUGAACAUCUGGUCUCGCGUUACAGAGUGUGUCAGAUCGUCGAGUUCAACAAUGCAGUGUAUCACAAUCAAGGCUAUUCUGAAUUUGAUUUUGGCUUCAACAUUUAUGGGUGUCUUUUUUAAAGCAGCUGUGUGUGAGAAUAUUCCGUCUGGUUUUACGUUAAUAAACCGACCGUACACAUUCCCCGGUAACGCCAGCGGCUGUCAUCACGCUGAAUGGAGAAAGAGACCCCCCGUGGAUGCCACGAUCGCCACAUACACAGACAAUAAGUGCAUGACUGAAGAAGGCUUUGAGGAAGAAUUCACAUGUAAAGAGCAGCAUCUGCUUCUCAAAGCAGCUAAAUACACAGACCAGGGGCACUAUGAGUUCAUCUGUAACAGGGCUACAACGCCAACUCAACUGGACGUCUUGUAUGCUCUAAAGCUGAGUGUAGAAGAGACAGACAACAUCACCUUCACCUGUUAUUCACACAACGCCGAGGAUGUGACGUGGCUGCGUAACAAGGAGAGAGUUUUGCACUACACGAUGGACGGAUCCGUGAAUCCUGGCAAAGGUUACGAGGGAAGAGCAUCGCUGGAGAAGACCUGCUUCAAAACCGGCGAUUUCUCUCUGACCAUCUCUAAUGUUGGCCAGGCAGAUGCUGGCAUAUACCGCUGUUUUGUGGAUGAUGAAACCAUUAAAGGAUACCCACAUGCCUAUGAGCUGCAAGUGAACGAGAAGCGCUCCAGUCCAGGAGACCAAACACACCCCAACUGCAAUCAAGCAACUCUGGUUAUUUAUAAGACAUUCGCCGUAGUUUUGGGGCUCAUCUUGGUUGUCAGUGCGAUAUACUGGAUCAUCAUAAAACUACACAAUCGUCGAUCCACAUCGGCUCCAGCUCCUCAGAAUAGUGAGGAGAACACAACUGAAAAUGACCGUAUGCUGAUGUCUGAUAUCCGCUCAACUCCACCCACCGAGGAACGUCAGCCUGUCCAGGAGAGCGACUACACCGAAAAUAAGCCUUCUGGCACACAACCUAUUUUUGAAAUCUAGCAGAACGAGGCUUGUGAGGAAGAUACAGACAUCUAGGCCUGUUUCAGACCGUUCACUCAAGCAAUAGUGUUCACACAACAUCAGGUUCAUGUUGAGCUUUCACAGUGUUUCUCUUGCUUAAAAAGGUUUUCAAAUAUUGGUUUAGUGUGGCCAAAACUGAUUGUUGCAGACCUGCCAACCUGUACACAUUUUGGACUCAAAGUAUGUUUAUAGUUUCAGGUCAAAGCCUCAUUUUUAGUUUAGUAACUUUAACUUCUGCUU